AUGCCAAAGUUUCCUACUCCUGGCUUGCAUUCAUUUGAUGCCGGUUUGGCUGAAGCAAAUGGUCGGAUUGCUGCAUUUGGAGAUUUUAACGGAGACAGGAUACUCGCAUCUAUUCUAAAUAUAUCUAAUAUAAUUGUUCUAAAUGCUUUAGGCCAAACAAAAUUUGUGCGAUUACCCACUACUAAGUUUAGUAUUUUACAAAAUGGUAAACCACUUUCAAUCACAAACGUCAUUCCGGGCGACUUUAAUUAUGACGGAAAACUCGAUUUCAUUUUAUUUGGACAGAAAGAUCCAUUGAGCACUAGCGAUAAAGAAUUGCAUUUCCAGCUGUUUUUGGGAAAUGGUAAACUGAAUUCAACCGUCGUCAAAUCAGGCAGCGGAAUUUCAGAAACAGCACAACCUUUUGUCAUUGACUACGAUGGACAGAUGUAUCCCAGUCUUUUGGGUCAUGUUCAUAAUCAACCCAAUAAUCUGAGUCUAUGGACGUUCAACACCACUACUAAUUUAUUUGACAUUCGGCCGUCUAAUUUUACACAAAAUUCCCCUGCUGGUAACAGUUGCCAACUAUCUCAUCCUCAUUCCAGUGCAUUUAUUGAUAUAAACGGCGAUUGUUUGCCUGAUAUGCGAUCAAUAAAUGUAUCUAAGACGCCUAUUGUUUACUGUAAUGAUGCAGACGUGUUCUUGACAUGCGAUAAAGGGUCUGGUCGUCAAGGCUACCAGAUUUGGAUCAAUAGUAAAGAAAAUGGAUUCGAGUUUGCACGAUCGGGUGAUCUUCCAGUUGGUUCUGGACAAAUAUCUUUUGCCGAUAUGGAUGCCGAUGGAACAAUAGACAUGGUGUUUCCUGUAUGCAACUCUGGUUCUUGUACAAUCAAUAUAGCCUACAACCAGCAAAUAGGACUAUGUGUCGGAGACAUUCUUGAUAACUGCAGAGAUCCUCAUAACUUGUGUGUGGCUGACCCAGACUUCAAGUUUAGCUUUGCAUCAACAUCUCCGAGAUAUGUUUCCAUGCCCAUUGCUGAACUGUUUCCUUUGGAAGAUAUUUAUUUGAACGACCUUUCGUUUAAAGGAACCAUGCCAAUCCCUUUGCGAAUUGGGGACUACAACAAUGAUGGAUAUCCUGAUAUUCUUUUUUUAAGUGUGUCGAAAACUUCAGCAUCUAAAAUAUCUUCUCGACUAGUUCGAUCUGUUCCAUGUGACAAUAGAUGCACGCCAGAAGCGUCAGCCGCAGGAGCACGAUCGUUUGUAUCCGUGUACGAAGGUGUUGGUGUAUUUAAGAGUUACCCAGACAUGAUACUGUCUGGUCUGACUUUUAUGGAUAUUGAUGAAGAUGGGACAUUGGAUAUUUUCAUGACAGUACGGAACAUCGAUAUGGGAAUGCGAACCAUCUCACUCAUCAAUAAUUACUACAAUGAUGCAUUUUUUCUCAAAGCAAUUGUUCUUAAUGGUGUAUGUAAUGAGUGGUGUCCUGGUCUCGAACCAUUUCCAGAUCCAAGGCCAUAUGGAGUCAAUUAUGCUGGCGGUACAUUCAAAUAUACUGUUUUAGAUACUAGAGGAGAACGUCGAGCAACUCAGGUCGCACAGCUUCCCCAGUCAGCAUAUAUGUCACUUCAUACGCCUUACACCCUUUUUGGACUUGGUCGUACCAAUAACUACAUUGAAGAUUUGUUUGUUGGUGUAUCCAGAAGAACCAAAGAACAUGUCGCGGCAUAUCAAGGUGUGAUUCCCAAUUCGCAACUGGUGAUCAUUCCUUAUGAAGCGGCUAGAAGCGGACAUAGUCCAGUAGAUUGGAAGCUUGAGUUGUAUAUGAAUCCGAGUUCAAGUAGUGCAGGAUUGAUGGGCGUGCUUUGUGGAGCGAUUACAAUACUUUGCAUAAUAAUCUGGGGUUUUGAUUGGGCAGAAAAGCAACCGCAACUGACAAGACGAGCACAAGGAUUCGAUCGGCUGGUUGAGCUAGGCAUGUCAGAACAAGAGGUUCAAGAUCUACGGACACAAUUCCAUGCACUACGAGGUCAUAAUCCCGAUGAACUGCAGGAAGAUUCAUUAAAUAUAGAAGAAGAUUGGAUGGACAAUCCUGGUAUUGCUGGACAGACACCAGAAACUCUAGAAACACACUCGGACAUGCUUAUUGGACUGAUGGUUGGAUUCUUUAUGGGGAUUCUUGCAAUAUACUGGAUCAAGGAAGCUCGAAUGUACAAUCGACAACAACAAUUAGGAAUCAUCACUGGUUUAAUCAUCAACUUUUCGUUUGGUGCAUUGCGACUGUAA